AUGGCGUUGUGUAUAUACCUUGUUCCGUGGGAGCCACUGGGCCAUCCACUGGGGACCCUCGGUGUCGCCGCCGUCUUGCCUUUGAUUGUAGUCUUGACCUGGUGGAUACUGCAGCUUCCGCCACUGCGAGAUGGACCCAGGCAGGAAGUUGGUCCUCGCCUGUGUACGUGGCAUUUCUGUCGCAGCCCCAACAGCGGAGCCGUGUCCCUCACAGGAAAGAUGAUUCCGGUGGCCGAGUUCAAGCAGUUCACGGAGCAGCAGCCCGCGUUCAAGGUGCUCAAACCCUGGUGGGACGUGCUGGCGGAGUACCUCACCGUGGCUAUGCUCAUGAUCGGGGUCUUCGGCUGCACCCUGCAGGUGACACAGGACAAGAUCAUCUGUCUGCCCAGUCACGAACUCCGGGAGAAUUUCUCAGAGGCCCCCUGCCAGCAACUGCUGCCUCGGGGCGUCUCCGAGCAGAUGGGGGGCCUCCGGGAGGUAAGCGGCCUCAAGAACAAUCUGGACCUCCAGCAGUACAGCUUCAUUAACCAGCUCUGCUACGAGACAGCCCUCCACUGGUACGCCAAGUACUUCCCCUACCUGGUCGUCAUUCACACGCUCAUCUUCAUGGUCUGCACCAGCUUCUGGUUCAAGUUCCCCGGCACCAGCUCCAAGAUCGAGCACUUCAUCUCCAUUCUGGGCAAGUGUUUCGACUCUCCGUGGACCACACGGGCCCUGUCCGAGGUCUCUGGGGAGAACCAGAAGGGCCCCACCACCGGACGGGCGACAGCAACAGUGGAGGCCUCGGCGGGGCCAGGAAAAGCCAAUGAGGGUGAGAAGGAAAAGGUGCUGGUGGAGCCCGAGAAGGUGGUGACUGAGCCACCAGCCGUCACCCUACUGGACAAGAAGGAGGGUGAGCAGGCCAAAGCCCUGUUUGAGAAGGUCAAGAAGUUCCGCGUGCACGUGGAAGAGGGGGACAUCUUGUACACCAUGUACAUCCGGCAGACGGUGCUCAAAGUCUGCAAGUUCUUUGCCAUCCUGGUCUACAACCUGGUCUACGUGGAGAAGAUCAGCUUCCUGGUGGCCUGCAGGGUGGAGACCUCGGAGGUCACGGGCUACGCCAGCUUCUGCUGCAACCACACGAAGGCCCACCUCUUCUCCAAGCUGGCUUUCUGCUACAUCUCCUUUGUGUGCGUCUACGGGAUCACCUGUCUCUACACCCUCUACUGGCUCUUCCACCGGCCCCUCAAGGAGUACUCCUUCCGUUCUGUGCGGGAGGAGACGGGCAUGGGUGACAUCCCCGACGUCAAGAACGACUUUGCUUUCAUGCUGCACCUCAUCGACCAGUAUGACUCCCUCUACUCCAAGCGCUUUGCCGUCUUCCUCUCCGAGGUCAGCGAGAGCCGCCUGAAGCAGCUCAACCUGAACCACGAGUGGACGCCCGAGAAGCUGCGGCAGAAGCUGCAGCGCAACGCCCGCGGCCGGCUCGAGCUGGCCCUCUGCAUGCUCCCGGGGCUGCCCGACACCGUCUUCGAGCUCAGCGAGGUGGAGGCGCUCCGGCUGGAGGCCAUCUGCGACAUCACCUUCCCCCCGGGCCUCUCGCAGCUGGUGCACCUGCAAGAGCUCAGCCUGCUUCACUCGCCCGCCCGGCUGCCCUUCUCCUUGCAGAUCUUCCUGCGGGACCGCCUGAAGGUCAUCCGGGUCAAGUGUGAGGAGCUCCGCGAGGUGCCCCUGUGGGUGUUCGGGCUGCGUGGCCUGGAGGAGCUGCACCUCGAGGGGCUCUUCCCCCCGGAGCUGGCUCGGGCGGCGACCCUCGAGAGCCUCCGGGAGCUGAAGCAGCUCAAGGUGCUGUCUCUUCGGAGCAAUGCCAGCAAGGUGCCAGCCAGCGUGACCGACGUGGCCGGGCAUCUGCAGCGGCUUAGUCUGCACAACGACGGGGCCCGCCUGCUGGCCCUGAACAGCCUCAAGAAGCUGGCGGCGCUGCGGGAGCUGGAGCUGGUGGCCUGCGGGCUGGAGCGCAUCCCCCAUGCCAUCUUCAGCCUGGGGGCGCUGCAGGAACUUGACCUCAAGGACAACCGCUUGCGGUCCAUUGAAGAGAUCCUCAGCUUCCAGCACUGUCGCAAGCUGGUCACGCUCAGGCUAUGGCACAACCAGAUCGCCUACGUCCCCGAGCACGUGCGCAAGCUCCGGGGCCUCGAGCAGCUCUACCUCAGCCACAACAAGCUGGAGACCCUGCCCACCCAGCUCGGCCUUUGCUCCGGCCUCCGCCUGCUGGACAUCUCCCACAACGGGCUGCGCUCCCUGCCGCCCGAGCUGGGCCUCCUCCAGAGCCUGCAGCACCUGGCUGUGUCCUACAACGCCCUGGAGGCCCUGCCGGAGGAGCUCUUCUUCUGCCGCAAGCUGCGGACGUUGCUCCUGGGCUACAACCACCUGAGCCAGCUCUCGCCCCAAGUGGGGGCCCUCAGGGCCCUCAGCCGCCUGGAGCUCAAGGGCAACCGCUUGGAGGCUCUGCCAGAAGAACUUGGCAACUGUGUGGGGCUCAAGAGAGUGGGGCUCCUGGUGGAGGACACCCUUUACGAGGGCCUGCCAGCGGAGGUGCGGGAAAAAAUGGAGGAGGAAUGA